CCCACCUAGCCGUACUGCCCCUAGGUUUUUUGCUUUAUUUCCUUUUAGAACAAGAACAGGCUGUUUAGUCUCUGCCAGCCAAAAAUAUAUAUUUUUUCUGAUUAGAAGAGUCCUUUCUCCUACUCCCCUUCUCCCCAGAUUUCAUAAGGAUCUUCUUUGUCCAGUUAUGGAGUUCUUCAUUCUUCUGGUCCUCAGUUUCUACUCUUGUCAAGCCACUCCUCUUCCAACCCAAGAGGUGGACUGCAAUGACCCCAAAGUCUUCAAGGCCGUGGAUCUAGCGCUGCAGAAGUUUAAUGGAGAAAGGACACAGGGCAAUCAGUUUGCUCUUGUUGUGGUCACCGAAGCUAGGAGAACAGCAGGUCCCAGAACAAGUUUCUUCGCUGAUGUAAAGUACAAGCUAAGGGAGACCAUUUGUGCUGUCGGAGGAGGCAUUCCCUGGCAAAACUGCAAGUUCAAAGACCUCUUGGAGGCAGGUUCAGGCGAGUGUGAUGCUCAUAUUUACAUUGAUGACUUACUCAACUUUUCCAACGUUUCACAGGAUUGCAGAAUUAUCCCAGCUGAAGGUAAGGUGACUGCUUCACAUGCUUCUUGUACUGGUUGCUGGACCCCUAUCGCCAACAACAGUUUGGACAUCCUGCCCUUUGUGAGACACACCAUACGGCAAUUUAACAACCAAAAUAACCACCCUGCCUUGUUUGAAGUUUUGGAAAUAAUCCAAGCCCAUAGGCAGGUAGUAGCUGGAUGGAAUUAUGCUUAUGAAUAUUUAAUAAAAGAGACAAAUUGCUCGAGGGAUGAAUUCCCAGAUUUGACUCCAGCAUGCAAACGUAUCCCUGAAGCUCGUGAAGGCAGAUGUAAGGCUCUCGUCCAUAUCAACAUUUCAAACCACCUUCAAUUUGCAGUACAGGAGUGCGAGCUGGAAGCCCCUCGUAGCUGUCCAGGUUGUCCAGAGCCACUUGCAACUGACAGUCCAGAACUGGAGAAACCACUGAGGGCGGCCCUGGAGAAGUAUAACGCGGAGAGCAACGAUGCAGCCUAUUAUAAAGUCGAAGGAAUAUUGGCAGCUACAUCCCAGGUUGUGGCUGGAAUUAAAUACAAAAUAAUAUUCAUCGUUGUGAAGACAAACUGCUCUAAGGAUGACAACUUACAGAAGCCAAACGAAGACUGCAGCCCUGAAGAUGGAAAAAGACUGAAGUGCAUCGCCUCGAUUUACGUGAUACCCUGGGAGUCAAAAAUCUUUCCUAAUGUGACGUGUGAGCAGGAGCAACACCGGACUAUAGCUACGUUUGCUGCAUGGCCUCCAGGAAUGACCCCUUUCCGAUCCUUUCAAAGUUUACCUCCUGAGGAAAGCAAACAAACGACUGGAAAACAAAAGUCUCAUUUCCGAGGCUCAAGAAGAGGUAUGGGAAUUGGCCCUUUAAGUGCCUCGGGCCAUAAACAGGAACAAACAAAAGAAAACUCCUCUGAAGAAUCUCAUGAAGGUGUGAAAAAGCAAGAAGAAACCUCCAGGGAACCAGUUGCCCGAAUCCUGGAAGAUCAACCAUCUACUGCAAAGUCUUGUCUACAGGAGGAAGUGCCCAAUAAAGACGGUGCCGGGCUCCCUGCACCUUUCCCCCAACAAGACAACGCCAGAGAAUCUUCUGAUUUUUCUGUGUCUGAUUUACUCCCAGAACCAGAUAUUCCCAAGUGUCCAGGAAAACCAUGGAAACCAAUUACAGUUCUCCCAACAACCCCUCCAGAAAUAGUGUUUUGUCCUGGAGCUGACGGUGACCACCAUGAAGCAACCUCACCUCCCAACACAAAUGAUUUUAAUUUGGCCGAUGCGCUCCUUCCUUUACUAAACAUUGGGGAUGGGGCUCAGUAGUAGAAUAUCUGCUUGGCAUGCAGAAGGUCCCAGGUUCAAUCCCCAGCACCUCCAAUUAAAAGGAUCAGGCUGUAGGUAAUGUGAAAGACCUCUGCCUGAGACUCUGGAGAGCCGCUGCCAGUCUGAGUACAGUGCUGACCUUGUUAAACUCAUGGUUUGAUUCAGUAUAAGGAAGCUUUACAUGUUCACUUUAGUUAUUUCUUCAGAAACACCCCAAAUUUUGCAGCACUGGCAGUCUUGGGACACUCAGGCUGCAUAUCAACAUGACUGGGAAACAGAAGUCGCAAAAGAUUUUUUCCCUCCCCAUGAUCAUGUCCUGCUUCCUUCUGACUUUUGCCAUGUUUUCUGCUCCUUCCUCAUGCUCUAAUGCCAAGCGAGCUGCUGUAGGUAUAUUUCUGAGAGCCAAACUACAAGUGACGUCUUACACAGGUUGGACACUAGUUGGCUUCCCUCAAGUUUUGAUGGGAAACGUAGGCCUCCUGGUCUUGCAGCUGUAAUGGAGAGCCAAGCUG